UUGGGUCACUUCAUUGUUGCUGUCACACUAUACGCUUCGUACAUGCAUAGUUUCCAGGGAAUUUAUUUGGCGAGCUACUUGCGUUUCUGUGUGUGGGCUAGGCAACUUCAUUUUUGAUUUGGGCGUAUACGAUCGGGCAACUUGAGUUGAUGACGAGGCCGGAUUAUUAUAGUCCAUGGCUGAUAUGGAGUCGGUGAAACUGCAUGGAUAAUUUCUUGGAGGUCGAUAUUUCUGUUCUGAUCCUUGUUGAUGGUGAAACGGACUUUCCACUGCCAGUUGCUGCAAUCACUGUGAUAGCAUGACAUCAACUCCAAACUAGUGACAGUUCACGCUUUUCUGUUUGCGACAACUCCCCAAGCAACUUCCAAGAUGACUUCCAUAGGCAAUGCGACUCCGCUGGUUUGUUUGGUGGUUCUCAUUCUUGCCCUUCUUGUACCACCAGCAGCACAGCAAGGAGGAGCUAGCCCACCAAUUAACUGUCCCCAAAACACAGUUAGUGUUGGGGUGCUCAUUGCUGCCUGUGUGGCCGUUCUAGUUGGGACGUUAAUCUUUGAAGGCCUUGCCAUCCUAUGCUAUAGGAGGUACUGCAAGGACCGCGAGAAGCCGCAGAAGGUAGCUCAUCGGUUCAUGAUCUCACCCGAUCAGGAGCUGGUUGUGAAGGAGAAUCUUGGCUACGAAAGUGAUUCUGAUGCUCAGGAGCGGUCGCUGAGGGAAGCAAAGGAGAAGAAACGAGCAUCUAUCUUCAACAUCAGUGAGACUAAGGAUAACAUGAUGUAUGUACCCGCACUCUACCGUAACCCUAUCACCAAGGACCGUGACACCGGCUCUGCCAUCAUGAAUGGUUACCAUGACUAUGAGCCAGACUAUGGCAUGGACACCAUGUUCACCUAUAAUGCCGGUUGGGGCUCCCGUGUUCCUAACAUCCUCAGUGGCAAGGGCAACACUAACAGUCUUGAGUCCCUCUACACGGAUGCUGAUGAGUAUCCCAUCUUGCAUACCCCACAUGGAGUUGGCCCUGUGAACUUUGCAUCCUCAAAAUUCAGGGAUGGCUUUGGCCGAAAGAGCAUCGACAUCCAUGAAGAUGAUGGCGACGUAACCACCUAUACAUACACCACUGGUUUUGGGGGAAAGGUGCGGCGUGAGGUUGCCACGGUAACAUCAGAGACAGGUGACGAUAUUGAGAUCGAGGGAGACAGAGUCACCUGGCGGAAGUGUAAACUCCCGGACGAAGUCGUAUUGGAUAUGGACGAGGAAGAAGCCAAGCCUGAAACACGCAUUGCCAUUGAUGACAAUUUCACAAUUGGCAAACCAACAUCAACCAGACGCCAAGAAUACACCACAGCAGAAGUCCACAGCGAUUCACAAGGAACCAGUUAUGAUCCAUCUGGCAACUUCAUCCUUCGUGCAACACCCUCCACCUCCCGCUCAGACAGCAGUGAUGAUGACCUAUACGAUUACGGAGACAGCAUCGAGAGACAGCAGCAGACCCUGAACAUGCCGAAGCACUCACCAGGCACAAUUGGUCACGGUACAUUCCGAGCAACCGUCGGUGGAAUCCCCCUGGACCAUGGAUCUUCAGAAGAAGAAUCUCCGACUGAACUUUUCAACAGCAGGUACCGAUACAGCACCGGACUCAACAAAGCCAAAUUGGUUGCAAUGCGUGCCGCUGCUGCUGCUCAUGCCCGAGAAGGAAUCCUCAAUGAAGAAGAUCCGCCAGAAGAUCAAGGCCAAGACGGCAUGCCGCCAGUCAUGGGUUACAUCAAGCUUGUCAAACCUGAUGACUCUUCCCAAGAUGGAAGCAGUGAAGAACAGCAAUAUCAUGUAAUGCCAAGAAGAGAUUCAGACAGUCCAAACUCAGUACGGCUGUAUCCAGUUAACUCCAGAGGAAAACCAAUUUCAAUUCAGACCCAGUUACCCGGAGGUUUCUCUCGAGAUUCAUACAUCAGGCACCGUCGGGAGACCUACAUUGAGGUUUCAGAUGCAGGAGUGCAGUGUGAGAUAAUUCCACGAGGUGGCAGACCUGGUCAGGAGAAGACGAGUAUCUUGAGGAAAGAGCGAACAUCCUAUGACCAAGAGAUGAAUUCCGUUGAUGAUAUUCCAACCAUCGGUGUGAUCCGACUGAUGCAUCCCAAGUCAUCCAAGCAUGUAAGAAUAAGAGAGGAUCAGACUGAUUAUUCAACCAUGACAUUCAGUGAGGAGGAUCUUACCUCGGCCUCUCUUGAAGAUGUCAGCUACCGCUCCACAAGCCGGUCAAAUGAACGUAUGUCCCCAAGACCUCGCCGUGCAAGAUCAGCCCCAGCCAGAAGUGAACGUGCCCCCAUGACAGAGGAUGACCAGCGUCCCUUUGAAGAAGUACCAACGAUUGGAGUCAUUCGGCUUGUUCGUCCAGACAGUGCUUCUGACACCUCUGGUGUGGAUAGUGAGGUUACAAGUGGGGAAGAGUCAGUGCCCGGAGACAGAUUUCAUGGACCAAGGAAUGACAAGUGGACACAGCAUGAAGUUCCCAUUGUUCGGUUGGCUCAGCAGAUACUUCAAGAAAGUGUCAAUGAGAGGGGUUCAUCCCAGAGGUCUCUACAUCGAUUAGAUCAAGACAUGGGUGACAUACCAACUAUUGGAGUUGUAAGGUUGGUGCGCCCCAAAUCAACAACUCAUGAUGUGAGACCGAUGACAAGUUCAAGAGUGGAUGAGCGCUUUGAUGAAUCCGAAGAAACAAAUAGGCAGACAUCUUCCAGAGUAACUCCUGUUUCUGACAUGCCAACCAUUGGUGUCAUCAAAUUGUUGCAGCAAGAGUCCAGAAGGGAGCCUACUUCAAGGUUCCCGGUGUCAGUCGUAGACAGAGGAACCCAACCCAUUAAUACCUGGGCGCAGUUGCUGCGGGAGAUGCAUAGCAUGGUGGAGAGUGAAAUCUUGCGCAAGAUGAGCAAGAAGCAGCAUGAUCAACCAACCGAUGAGACCGAUGCUCUACCCCGUACCAUCAGUGUCAUCAAACUGAAGCGUGAGGAAGUACAAGUACAGCCUCAGGUUCCAUAUAGUUUGAUGGAUCAAUCAACUCAGAGCAGUGCUGAAAUGAGAGAUGAAGCAACAAUGCCAACCUUUGGCUGGUCACAUCUGAUCCAUGAGGUUGAAGACCAGAUCGAAGAACGGUAUAAGCGAAUGUCAGCCCCUGCUCCAAAGGAAGAAUUCCAGGCUACCAAGUCAGUCCAGAAACUUGGAGUAAUCCAGUUGAAAACAGCCCCAGAAAAGAUCAUCAGGGACAGUUUCACCCAGGUUUCUGGUCCAGACACAUAUGAGAAGAGCACAGGGCCUGCAUGGAGCUUCAAAGAACUAGUUGAAGAAGUGGAAGAAGAGGCUGUCCAGAAAUUCAAGAAAACCUUGAAACAACUUGACCGAUCAGCUGAACCACAGGACUUCCAUGAGCCAGUCCGUUCUGUCAGUGUAAUCAAGCUGAAGAAAGAACCAGGUCAAGAAAAGCUGGUUCGAGAUUCGGUAACUCAGAUAUCUGGACCCAACACUUAUGAGAAAAGUACCGGAUCCACCCUGACAUUUGCAGAAAUCAAAGAAGAAAUAGAGGAAGAGGCUGUCAGGGAGUUCAAGAGAACCUUGAGUCAGUUAGAUCGCCCGGCUGUUGUAUCUCAAGAUGGUCCACAACCAGUCCGAUCUGUCAGUGUGAUUAAACUGCAGAAGGAACCAGAGGCUGAAAAGCCAACAGUAACAAGCAGAGGGGUUCAACCAGAUCUACCAUGGCGGGAACUCAAAGAAGAAAUUGAAGAUGAGGCAAUUGAGGAGUAUAAAAAACAGAUGCGUCGAUUCCAGCCAAAAGAGGCUGUGCAACAAGUCCCAGAAACACAAGCUCCUACAGUGAGUGUUAUCAAACUUAAAGGUCCGAAGACCAAACCUGCACCUGAGAAAUGGGAUAACAUCACUCAGUGUGAUUUGAUCGAACCAAAACCUGUCAUGGCUGAUCAGGUGACCGAACCAGCACGACCAUGGUCUGAUGUCCUGCACAAUGUACGCAGAAUUUUGGAGAACGAGUACAGACGUACCAUCACUGAGCUUGAAACAAGACUGACAUCCUUACCCAAAGAUCAGCCCAUUGUCGAGACAGUUCCAACUGUUGCGGUCUUUAAACUGAAAGGACCAGAUGUGCAUGUGCAACCAGAGCCUGAAAAAACAAAAAUGAUGGAUGAGAAGACACAAGCAGCACCACGCACUUCUGAGCAAGAAACUGCCCCAGAAAGACCCUGGAAGAAUAUCCUCACAGACGUCAGGAAAAUUCUUGAAAACGAAUACAGGCGAACCAUUCGGGAGCUGGAAGACCAGUUGAGUGGCAGAGAUGAACCUGACUCUGGGAAGACCAUGGCCUAUUUCAAGCUCAGUGCCCCUGAGGUGCCCAAAGUGCAGACAGUGAGUAUGUACACACAAAUUGAUGCACCUCAAACUGGAGACCAAGGAACACUUCCCGAAAGACCAUGGGGAGAUCUUAUUCAAGAUGUUCGCAGUUCAGUUGAAAAUGAGUAUCGAGUCACGAUCAGAGAGCUUGAAUCUCAACUUGCUGAAAGACCUAAAGAUGUGACUAAGGAACCUACACGCUUAGGAAUCUUCAAGCUUAAAGGGCCAAAGCAACAAAAGGUGAAGAAACCAGUGCUUCAUGACACUUUUACUCAACCAGCGAAGCCCUGGUUGACACUGAUGAGUGAGAUGGAAGAAAAUGUAGAGCGGAGACUUUCAAUGAAAAAGAUCAAGCCAGUUGCUGUGGAACCGGAAAUUGUCCAACAGACCCAACAAGUGGUGGAAAUGACACCACAGAUAAAGCCUACAACAGCUGAUGUUAUGACACAAGCUUCUCAGCCAGCAACUAGUUCUAAAGCUUCCCAGAGUGUGUCUGUUCAGAGAUCCUCAAUGUCCACAGAAGCUAACAUCCAGCCAAAUGUUACUGAGCGAAGCACAUCAUGUGAUCUACUUAGACCAGGGAUAAGUGAGCAAGUACAAGUGAAACCCAUGACGGCAAUAAAAUCUACUGUGACUGAGGUCACCAAAUCUUCCGAUUUCUUCCAGCUUUUCAAGCCAGAGUUCUCCAUGCAAGAGACUCAAGCUUCACCAUCGAAAACAUCAACAGCUACAAUGCCUCAGAAGUCAUUGUUGCAAGAAGUGGGUAUCCAAACUCGUCCUUCAACUGAAGAUCUUGAGGUUAUUACAGAUCUUGUGUCUACUUCUGACUUGAGCAUACAGGUUGAAAUGCAGUCAACUCCAGAGAUUCCUAUCAUCACACCAACAAUCAUGCAGCCAGUUCAUGCACCCGUAACAUUCAAAGAACCAGAUGUAGAGAAGAUCGACUUUGCUGUUCAGGUUGUUCCUGAGAAGACCAGCAGAGCUUCAGCUACUGAGCUAAGAAAGUAUGUGGACAACUUUGUCCAGGUUGCCAGUCCAAAGCCAACUCAAGAAGUAUUCGGUGCUCAGGUACAGCCAGAUGUCACUGAUGGUCAUUCGUCUAUAGUGAUUGAAAUGAAGGAUGUGGGAACUGAUAAUUUGCAAGUUCAUUCGACUGAAAAGUCAACAGAAAUUAGCAUCGUAAAAGAACUGCUUGACCUCGCAGUCCAAGUUAAACCUGAAGUAAAAUCCAGGGUGGCUGCUACGGACAAGAAGAAAUACUCUGAUGUAUCUUCUCAGGCGGAUGAUGCACCAAUUGAAGAAAUGGCUGACACUCUUGACUCUUCCAUUCAAGCUGUACCAAACAUUAAUGUGUCAUUCACAAGCAUGGACACUCCAAAAUCGACUGAUGCCUUCACACAGCUCAAACCUCUUGUAAUUCAACAGGGAGACAAGUCUAUUCAGGUUAAUGCCAACAUGGCUGAGGUGGGAACAGAGACUCCAGUGGUAAGCUAUGUGGACAACAGCUCACAGAUGAAUAUCUCGACAUUAAGCCAACACGUCCAGGCACGAACACUUCAAGCAGACGCUACCACAGGAAAAGAGCUUCUAACAAAUGAGAUAUCUACACAACCUGACAUUGCCACAAAGCAGGAAGUUUCUGUACAAGUUUCCAUGGAAAUUGAGACAGAGCCAGCAAUUAUUAAAGCAGUUGUACAAAGCGAGCAGUACUCAAUGCCGACCCUACCUACCCCUGCUGAAGUGACAGAUUUUGCCAUGCAAACCAUGUCACAAACAGCAGAAUUUUCCAACCAAUAUGUGCCUCAAACAACUGACAAAUACACAGAGAAGAAAAUGGAUGGACACAGCUUUGCAUUACAGGUUUCUCAGAACAGCACAGACUCUUCCACAGAGACUAUGGAAGUUGUGCAAAAGACUGUUCCGGUACAAGUACGCCCUCGCACAGUAGACAAAGCAACAGAGUAUUCUGAAUCUAAACCUGAUGGUAUUGACAUUGGCAUUCAGUACAGCAUUGACAGCAAUGAAAUUGGUGUUAGUGCAGAGCCUCAAGUGAUUGACGAUGGUACAUUGAUGGAGAUCAAACUUCAGCUGGAUGUUGGCACUCAGGCAGACUGUGAAAUUACAGUAGAACCAGCAAUUAUCCAAGAAGUGAUAAAAGCUCCUGAAGAGUCUGUGGCACUGAUGAAUUGGGAUGUAGAGACAUCUGAUGCAGAUACACAAACUAUACAAGGAGAGACCACACAGCGAGGAACGUCACCAGAUGGCAUCAAGACUGCUGAUGCAGUAGUGCAGCAUGUUCAAUUACGAAACAUCAAAGAUGGCAGCGUCCAGGCAGAUCCUGAUGUCACAACAACAGGUACCUUGGCGUUUACAGUAGAUCACAUUGUGCAUGCUACCCAAGUUAAGCCACAGACUAUAGACCGUGGUAUGACAACAGUCAUACGAGGUUCCGUGGAAAGAAGUAACAUGGCCAAUCUGCUUCCAAAGGCUUAUGUCAAACCUCCAUCUAAGGAUGUGUCUGUCCAAAUGCAACCGGUCUCAAACUUGAAGACACAAAGUACCUUGACAGACAAGACUGAGAUGAAAUCCAUGCCAGUUCAGGCUUCACCAGCAACUAGCACCCAUGGACAGACAUCAAGACCAGAUGUCAUAGAGCAGUGGAGUAUGACACAUGAGGCACCAGAGAAAGAAGUAAUUGAGCUUAUCAUUCCACAAAUAGAAAAACCAGUUGAGGCUCCCAUUCCCAUCCUGAAAGCAGAACUUCUGGACAAAACAACCCAGGUGAUUUUGCCAAGCACGAAUGACAUGUUCUCCUCAAUAGAGAUAUCUCAAACGCAGACUGCUACUCAGUAUGAUCAUGACAAUGAUGAAAUGUCCACUCAGACUGAUGUGGAAGCUGAACCUGAACUUACAAGCAGCAGCACUCAAAUGGAUGUUCAUGUGGUUGACACUACUGCCCAAACGAUACCUGUCAAGAGGGAAACAAUUGGCCUAUCUACUGACGUCACCCAAUUCAGGGCAUCAUUUACCCAGUACGAACCAGAACAAUUUAAGUCGUCUGCCUCCAAUCAAACAUCUGUUAAUACAUGUAGCACAGGGUUCUCCCCAGAAAAGAUUGUGCUUAAAUCGACUGGCAUUUCCCCAGAAAAGAGGGAUGUGACGACAUCAUCAACUCAAUAUCAAAAAAGUGUUACUGAAGACAGCAGUAUGCAAACUGAAGAGCAGGAAGAACUAGAAAUCAUUGAAGAAAUAGUGUCCUUGGAAAAGAUUGAGACACUGGAGUCUGCUCCUAUAUUCCCGGAGGUAGAACUGACGAAUACAGACACUCAAACUGAAAGGGAAGUGUUACCGAUAAUGAGCGAUGUUGGUUCCCAACAUGAAGUCGGCAUUAAAACAUCUGUUGUUCAAACUAUUCAAGUGAAACUUGAGUCAAAAGCUAUGUCAACAACUGGGCCCCAGCUAAGGGAGUCAGUAGUCCAGUAUGAGCCUGAACGUUUCAGGACAGCUGUCUCAUCUCAGACAACAGUUCCAACACGCACUACCGGGUCUUCAACAGAGAAAGCAUCCUUCAAGACAACUGGAGUGUCUCCUGUUAAAGUUGAUGUGAAAGCUUCAUCUACUCAAUACCAGAUUGCUGUCUUGCAGGACAACAGCAUGCAGACAGAAGACCAAGAAGAACCAAUUUCAAUUGAAGAAUUCAUCACUGUUGAGCGAGCCCCAGUUGUCGAAUUCAUGCCUGAAUACCCUGCAGUGGAGCUGGCUGAUGCAGAAACACAAGCCGAAUUGGUUACAACUGAUAGAGCAAUCCUUACUGACCCAGAGACACAUAUAGUCAUGAAAUCAUCAGAUGUUCAAACAGUAAAGUUACAGCUUAAAAGCAAGUUUACAUCAACAUUUGGCCCGCAGCUGAAGGAAUCAGUUGUCCAGUAUGAGCCUGAACGCUUUAGGAUGGCUGCCUCGUCCCAGACAACAGUCCCAACACGUACUACAGGAUCUUCCACUGAGAAGGCAUCCUUCAAAACAACUGGAGUGUCUCCUGAUAAAGUUAAUGUGAAAGCUUCUUCUACUCAGUACCAGAUGACUAUCACCCAAGACAACAGUAUGCAAACAGAAGAAAAGGAGGAACCAAUUCCACUAGAAGAAUUGGUAACUGUUGAACAAGCCCCAGUUGUUGAAUUCAUGCCUGAAUACCCUGCAGUGGAGCUGGCUGAUGCAGAAACACAAGCAGAGUUGGUUACAACUGAUAGAGCAAUCCUUACUGACCCAGAGAUACAUAAAGUCAUGAAAUCAUCAGAUGUUCAAACAGCAAAGUUACAGCUUGAAAGCAAGUUUACAUCGACAUUUGGCCCGCAGCUGAAGGAAUCAGUUGUCCAGUAUGAGCCUGAACGCUUUAGGAUGGCUGCCUCGUCCCAGACAACAGUCCCAACACGCACUACAGGAUCUUCCACUGAGAAGGCAUCCUUCAAAACAACUGGAGUGUCUCCUGAUAAAGUUAAUGUAAAAGCUUCUUCUACUCAGUACCAGAUGACUAUCACCCAAGACAACAGCAUGCAAACAGAAGAAAAGGAGGAACCAAUUCCACUAGAAGAAUUGGUAACUGUUGAACAAGCCCCAGUUGUUGAAUUCAUGCCUGAAUACCCUGCAGUGGAGCUGGCUGAUGCAGAAACACAAGCCGAGUUGGUUACAACUGAUAGAGCAAUCCUUACUGACCCAGAGACACAUAAAGUCAUGAAAUCAUCAGAUGUUCAAACAGCAAAGUUACAGCUUGAAAGCAAGUUUACAUCAACAUUUGGCCCGCAGCUGAAGGAAUCAGUUGUCCAGUAUGAGCCUGAACGCUUUAGGAUGGCUGCCUCGUCCCAGACAACAGUCCCAACACGCACUACAGGAUCUUCCACUGAGAAGGCAUCCUUCAAAACAACUGGAGUGUCUCCUGAUAAAGUUAAUGUGAAAGCUUCUUCUACUCAGUACCAGAUGACUAUUACCCAAGACAACAGCAUGCAAACAGAAGAAAAGGAGGAACCAAUUCCACUAGAAGAAUUGGUAACUGUUGAACAAGCCCCAGUUGUUGAAUUCAUGCCUGAAUACCCUGCAGUGGAGCUGGCUGAUGCAGAAACACAAGCCGAGUUGGUUACAACUGAUAGAGCAAUCCUUACUGACCCAGAGACACAUAAAGUCAUGAAAUCAUCAGAUGUUCAAACAGCAAAGUUACAGCUUGAAAGCAAGUUUACAUCGACAUUUGGCCCGCAGCUGAAGGAAUCAGUUGUCCAGUAUGAGCCUGAACGCUUUAGGAUGGCUGCCUCGUCCCAGACAACAGUCCCAACACGCACUACAGGAUCUUCCACUGAGAAGGCAUCCUUCAAAACAACUGGAGUGUCUCCUGAUAAAGUUAAUGUGAAAGCUUCUUCUACUCAGUACCAGAUGACUAUUACCCAAGACAACAGCAUGCAAACAGAAGAAAAGGAGGAACCAAUUCCACUAGAAGAAUUGGUAACUGUUGAACAAGCCCCAGUUGUUGAAUUCAUGCCUGAAUACCCUGCAGUGGAGCUGGCUGAUGCAGAAACACAAGCCGAGUUGGUUACAACUGAUAGAGCAAUCCUUACUGACCCAGAGACACAUAAAGUCAUGAAAUCAUCAGAUGUUCAAACAGCAAAGUUACAGCUUGAAAGCAAGUUUACAUCGACAUUUGGCCCGCAGCUGAAGGAAUCAGUUGUCCAGUAUGAGCCUGAACGCUUUAGGAUGGCUGCCUCGUCCCAGACAACAGUCCCAACACGCACUACAGGAUCUUCCACUGAGAAGGCAUCCUUCAAAACAACUGGAGUGUCUCCUGAUAAAGUUAAUGUGAAAGCUUCUUCUACUCAGUACCAGAUAACUAUCACCCAAGAUAACAGCAUGCAAACAGAAGAAAAGGAGGAACCAAUUCCACUAGAAGAAUUGGUAACUGUUGAACAAGCCCCAGUUGUUGAAUUCAUGCCCGAUUUCCCACCAGUGGAGCUUGUUGAUGCAGAAACACAAGCUGAACCAGUCACAACUGAUAGAGCUAUCCUCACCAGACCAGAGAGCCGGGAAAAAACAACUUCAACGUUUGUUAAGAAGUACACCCAGGCUUAUGUGCAGAAUGUUCCUAGAAUGACUUCUGUAAGUCAACAGAUGACAAUGCAAAGGCCACAGUUAGUCUCGCAAGGCACUACCAUGGUGAAGAUUCAGUUGACUUCUAUACCAACACAAGCCCAACCUUCCACUAGGGCAUUUGGCCAGAUGAUGGAGCCCAUGGUUAAUGACCACUGGAGCAUGACAGAUGAAGAACCAGUUGAAGAAAUGAUUGCGUCUCAGGUAGCAACUGUGGUUGAAAGCAUGCCAGAGUUGCCUGUAGAAACACAAGAUGCGGAUGUCCAAGUUGAACCCAAAACAUCAAACAUUGCUAUAGAAACUUAUCCUGAAACAGCAGAGCAAGGCAGCCUUGUUCAACCAGAAACACGUGAAGUUCCAUCUCAGAUGUCAAUUCACCAGGCAACUGUUUCUGCACAGGCAACUGUUAAACACUCAACCAUGUCUUCUCAGACUGAUCAAGAGGAGAAGAAACGCUUGAAAAAUUCAGGGGUUCAAACUCAGCAAUAUCUGGUCACAAGCAGCAGCUAUGUCCCAUUGAAAGAGAAGAGCUACAAGUCUGUUGAGCAUAUGGGCGACUUGGUGGGCAUACAGCCACGUGGACCAAUCAAGACACAGCAUAAGAACUUGCAGGCGUCAGUUUCCACUGCUACUAUGAUGUCGCAGUCCACUGGACCUGAACAGACAGCAACAGGCUUCCAGACAGAGGAGAUGGUUGAGGUCACUGAUAUGGAGGUCCAAACGAACCCGGUAACCAUCAUAGACUUUGUUCCUGUGCUUAAGGAUUCUACUGUGCAGUAUGAGCCCAUGUAUUUCUACAGUGCAUCCACACAGGCAGAAAUACCCACAAUGCAUCAACACGUAAGUGCUGUUGUACAAAACCGAAACCAAGAAACAACCACACACAUCAUUAAGGUGCAACCUUCAUCAAGUCAAACAGAAGCCCAUCAAGGUGAGGAUAACAGCUCACAGACGGAUGCGAUGUCUGAACCAGAACCUCUCAUUGCACCCAUGAAGAUUGAACCAGUCCUCUUUGCUCCACCUGCACUGCUUCCCGAGACACAGGUUGCUGAAUCUCAAACUGAUAAUGUAGUAUCAACAGACCAAAGUACCUCAAUAAAGCUACCUAAGCUACUACACACCUAUGCUCAAGUCGGUCCUCGGAUGCAGGAUACCAACACCAUGACACCUGUGAAGCAGUAUGCUCCGGUUGCUGUACAAAAUGAACCCGAAAUGUUGUCUCAAAUGAUGCAGACCUCACCUGAUGUCAGAGAGGGAAUGACACUGACGGAGAAACCAGACAUCACUGAUCAAGCUUCCCAGCAUGACACUGCCUCUAUGCAUAUAUCAUCACAGGCAGCCCCAGAGUCCUAUGAUGCCUCAACCUCCUUUGAUCUGGUUGUUCAGGAAUUGAUCGAAGCUGGAACACAGCACAUCAUAGAACUGAGAAAUUUUGAAACUCAGACACACACAGACAAACGUGAUCAAGCCUCAUUCGUUGACAUUGAGAUGCAAGAAUCUGACUGCCAGACAGAACUGACAAUAGAGGACCUGGAAGAAAUGCUGGCAACUCUGAAGCAGAAACUUGAUGAAAAGCCCAUGGUGCAGGAAUUCAUCAUUCCUGAACAACUCAAUCCUGUUGAGUCUCCCAUGAGUUUCCCUAUUGAUACAGAGGACUCUGGAAUCCAAACCUUCCUAGAAACUGUCCAAAGGAGCACAUCACCCAUUCUCCUGGAGGUUAAGCAUGCCAUUACCCAGUAUGAAGCAGAACUGAAGGAGUUUGGUGUACAAGUGAAGCCUGAUGUCAUUGACAAAGAAAUAGAGACCUUUAUAGUCAAAGUACAUGAUGCAGCGAUUCAGUAUGCUUCGCUAUAUGGCAAGGACAAACCUACACAAUUUUCCCCAGACGUCAAUGAUGCUGAGUCACUCACAGAUCAGAAAGAAUAUCAGCACAGUUAUACAAAUACCAAGUCAAUUUCACUUUCAUCAAAAACAAUGCAGGCUAACCCACAGAACAUGGACAAGGCAACAACUCCUACAUUACAGCAGUACGACAAAAGAGCAACCCAGACAUCAGCUGCUGAAACGAUUACCAGAGGGACGCAGAGAGAGUAUGCUCCGGUUGCUGAACAAAAUGAACCCGAAAUGUUGUCUCAAAUGAUGCAGACCUCACCUGAUGUCAGAGAGGGAAUGACACUGACGGAGAAACCAGACAUCACUGAUCAAGCUUCCCAGCAUGACACUGCCUCUAUGCAUGUAUCAUCACAGGCAGCCCCAGAGUCCUAUGAUGCCUCAACCUCCUUUGAUCUGGUUGUUCAGGAAUUGAUCGAAGCUGGAACACAGCACAUCAUAGAACUGAGAAAUUUUGAAACUCAGACACACACAGACAAACGUGAUCAAGCCUCAUUCGUUGACAUUGAGAUGCAAGAAUCUGACUGCCAGACAGAACUGACAAUAGAGGACCUGGAAGAAAUGCUGGCAACUCUGAAGCAGAAACUUGAUGGAAAGCCCAUGGUGCAGGAAUUCAUCAUUCCUGAACAACUCAAUCCUGUUGAGUCUCCCAUGAGUUUCCCUAUUGAUACAGAGGACUCUGGAGUCCAAACCUUCCUAGAAACUGUCCAAAGGAGCACAUCACCCAUUCUCCUGGAGGUUAAGCAUGCCAUUACCCAGUAUGAAGCAGAGCUGAAGGAGUUUGGUGUACAAGUGAAGCCUGAUGUCAUUGACAAAGAAAUGGAGACCUUUAUAGUCAAAGUACAUGAUGCAGCGAUUCAGUAUGCUUCGCUAUAUGGCAAGGACAAACCUACACAAUUUUCCCCAGACGUCAAUGAUGCUGGGUCACUCACAGAUCAGAAAGAAUAUCAGCACAGUUAUACAAAUACCAAGUCAAUUUCACUUUCAUCAAAAACAAUGCAGGCUAACCCACAGAACAUGGACAAGGCAACAACUCCUACAUUACAGCAGUACGACAAAAGAGCAACCCAGACAUCAGCUGCUGAAAUGGUUACCAGAUGGACGCAGAGAGAAAUCUUAUGGGCUGAUGCUCCUAUUCAGGUCAGACCUGUUCUUGAUGAUGCCACAUCUCAAACGGAUACAAUAAUAAAAGAGGAUAUUGCAGCCAUUCUGAAACCAAUAGAGAAGAAGGAAGUAAGACUAGAGAUGAAGUCAUUCAAGGAGACCAACACAGUCGAAAUUCAAACAGAUCCUGUCAUCAUCAAAUCUGCUAGACCUGAUGAUGAUGAUGAAUCAUGGCUCGACAGUGGAAUUGACACAGAUGUUCAAACAGAUCCAGUUGUCAUUCUUUCUGAUUUGGAUUCUGAGAUUGAAUUGAUGGAUGAGGACAGUCAGACAUGUCCAAUUGACAUGAUUGAUGCUGAUAUCCAGGUUGAGACCAGAAAGGAGGUAAAUGAUACAACUUCGCAAACCUCUCCUCAGCCACAGGUCGACAAAACAGUACAGACGAUGCCAAAGCAGAUUUCUUAUGCUAGUACUGUAACAACAACUCCCAUGGUUAGACCAAUCUCCUCUCAAACUUUCCCCACCAAAACAGCAACAAAGGGAUUCCAGUUUGAACCAGUGCCAUAUUUGACCAACGAAGACAUUAACACUCAAACUCCAGGAACUCUGACCAAGGAACAAGGGACACACGCACUGGAAAGCCAGGUGGAGACUUCAACUACACAAACUGAUGAGAUGCCAGUAAUUGAACCUGAGAUUAUUCAUGUCGCCAACCUCCAACCUGUUGAAGCACAAAUGACUUUCUCUGCUCCAGAAGCAGAAGUCAUAGAUACCGGAGUGCAGGCAAGUACUGAAGUAACUGACGAAGAUUCACAAACAACUAGAGUCUUCACAACAGACAGACCCUCUUCACCAGGAAUCAGUUAUGCUGUAGCUGAAUCACAGACUGUCUCUCCAGCCCAUCGGACGAAAGAUACACAGUAUGAACCAAAUGCAGCACAGAAGAAAACUCAGACAGAAGCAACGGUUACUGUUAGCAUGGGUACUGCCACUUAUCAGGUGAUUUCACAAGAUAUUUGCCUCCAGACUUUCUUGGAAACCAAGCCAGAGAUUGUUGACAGAUCAAUGCAGCAUGCUGCCGUGGUCUUCACAGGAUACUCUCAGACUGAGGAGACUCAGCAUCAGCAUGAAGAAACACAAACAGAUCAGGUUGAUGAAGAAAUCCAAUUCAUCACUCCAUCUCCAGAAUUCCUUGAAGCUUUCACACAGACAACUGACAAGAGGUCCAAUGCAGGAGCUCAAACAGAGGGUCUACAUGUUGUGGAGAGUGGCACUAACGCACCUUUAACAAAAAAGCAAGUUGGGGUGACCCAGACACUAAGGACGAGUACAUGGAGCGAGGGCACAGUAACAGAACCAUUGAAGUCUGUAAGUAUGGCAGUGCAGACAGAUGCCAUUCCAGUUCGUGUUGUGGAUGAACACAUCUCUCCAGUACACCUGCAACCAGUACAUGCACCUCUGAAACUUCCUGAGUACAAACCAGAGCUAAAGGAUGCCUCUAUCCAGGCUGAUGUAAAGACUAAUGAAAGGUCAAUGCAACAUGAGAGUGAAAACACUCAAUUCAACAUCUUUUCAACGAGAGUGGUCAAGGGAGAAGUGAAACCAACGGUCCUGAGUGAAUUUUCAAUGACACCACAAAAGAAACACUUCAUCAGUCAUCUUGAAUCAUCUGCAUACCCGAAGGAAGAAACGCUUACUUACAAACAUUCUGUUCAUGCACACACUCAAGUCAAACCGGAGGUGGAUGAGGUACCAGUCCAAGUGCAGCCUCUUCAGGAUGACCGUUCAACAGCUACAGAGGAACAAAUCUUCACCAGUACUGAGGUGCAGACAGAGUUUGCUGAAGAACCGAUGAAGGAAGUCAUCAGAGUUAGUCAGGUUCCUCUGCAACAAACACCCUUCCUUGACUUGGGUCCGAUUCUCAUGGAUUCUGGCGUACAAGUUAAACCAAAGACAACUGACCAUGGUAUGUCUCCCAUUGAACUUGAACGUGGACCGAUGCUACUUGACACCGCUGCCCAGCACGAGAUUUAUUCAGAAAAUGCUUUCAGCCAGACCUUUACCUAUCAGCAGGAAAAAAGUACAUACACCAGCAUUGAUGUCCGACAGGAAAGCUCGCAAGCAACAACAGAGAAGAAAGAUUCUGGAGUGCAAGCUAAGACUCCCAAGCAUUUUGUUCAUGCACGGACACAAGUCAAACCAGAUGUCGAUGACAUACCAGUCCAGGUACAGCCUAUUCAGGAUGACCAAUCAACAGCUACUGAGGAAAUAAUCUUCACCAGUAUUGAGGUACAGACAGAAUUUGCUGAAGAACCGAUGGAGGAAGUCAUCAGAAUAAGUCAUGUGCCUGAACAACAAACACCAUUCCUUGAUUUGGGUCCAAUUCUUAUAGAUACUGGCACACAAGUUGAGCCAAAGACAAGUGAUCAAGGUAUGUCUGCCGUUGAUCCCGGACCAGUGUUGCUUGAUGCUACUGCUCAGCAUGAGAUCUAUCUUGAACAUGCUGUCAGCCAGACCUUCAUUGAUCAGCAAGAAAAGAGUACCUACACCACAGUUAAUGUAAGACAGGAGAACUCACAAGCAACAACAGAGAAGAGAGAUGCAGGGGUACAAGCCAAAACAGAAAGAGAGGUUAGCCUGAUGACAUCGGGCAUCCAGACUGUUGUCAUCCAUGAAGAAAAACCACAAAUGAUUGACAUGGCAAUGCAGUUCAGGCCGCUAAACACCGACCAGGCUACUCUGACAAGCAUCGUUGCGACAACCAGCUCUCACAGCAACACUGAACCUGUCAAUAUGAGGCAGGCCAUGGUCCAAGUUGGAAUUAAACCAGAUACAGAAUCCAGAGCUACCCUGACUACACCUAAGUACGUAAGAAACAUCACCACUCAGGCAGAGACAAAAUGUUAUGAUGCAUGUGUCCAACAUGAUGAUCUCCCUGAUUUGGCUGACAAGGGUCUUCAGAUCAAGCCAGUGAUGGUAGAUGAUACAUCAGAGACGGUUCAAUCAAGGCAUGUCGAUAGGCCAACCCAAGUCGACAUGGAUGGCAUGAAACCAGAAACAACUGAUGUCUCCAUUCAGCAUGGUGAGGAAAAGGAUAUGAGAGACAAAAUCUCACAAGUUAAGCCGAUAUCAACCGAGGCGGGAGUGUUGACAGAAGUUUUCACAAAAGACAAAGGCAACCAGGCUAGUUUUGCUCCAGAAGUUGAUGAAAUCAUUCGUCCUGAUGUCACAGAGCUACAGCACGCUCCUGUUCCAUUCCCUGAAGUCAUGACAACAGACAAGUCCAUUCAACAUCAACCUUCAGUUGAUAUACAGACUGUGCAGACCAGCAUCGAUGUCAGUGAGCGAGCAUCAUCCCCAGUUGGUCCUGAUUACAGUGAUGUCUCAUCUCAGACUCGAACAGACGCCUCUAACAUAGGACUGCAGACAAACUUCCAAGAAACCUCAACAGCUGAGGUUCAGGCUGUAAUGUCCUUUUUCAGUGAGGAGUCUUACAAGAUGGAGUCUGUUGAGGAAGACUUGAUUAGUGCACAGGUAGUCACAGAAGAACAGCACAUUGCACCUUUACCAACAGUGCAGUAUCAAGAUGCCGAAAUGCAGUAUAAUCCAACCACUGAGGAUUCAACAACAGAAACUGUAUCAACUGGAAUCGAUUUCGCGAACCAGUCACAACCUCUGACCAUUGAGCAAGGAACAACUACUGACAUCACUAAGCACUCCCAGGCUGAGGUUCAAGUUGAUAUUGGAAACAGCUCGGUUAUAACUCAUGAAACAGCAGUACAGCAUGAGAGGAUGUUUAAGCCAGUGGAUGUGUUUACACAAGCUCAUCCUCUGACUGUGGAGGAAGGAACAUCCACAAUGCCACUGAAGAAAACUGAAGUGUCUGUUCAGUACAUUGCACCAUCAGACAAAAGGCCAUCCUCUCCACGGAUUGUCACGCAAACUACUGACAAAGGAACAUUAGCUCAGUAUGUAACAUCCCAAUCUUCAACACAGACAAUCCUGUUCAAAUCGGAUGUCGGUAUACAGUCUAAACCAAACACCAAGUCGGAGCUGACUCAUGCUGCUAUCAAACCUGAUUCUCACGACCAAUCUACAGCGACCAAACCUGAUGUGCGAGCAUUUGAAACCCAAACAUUCUUCCCAAAGAAGAGUGAGGGCUCCCAGUGUGACCAAACUACUCUUGUGCACAACACCUCUCAGUAUGAAAGAAUGUUUGUUGAGGACAACUCUGUCCAAGUCAAGCCGGUCAUCAGAGAGCAAGCAAACUCUCCUAUCUUCAAGAGGAAAGAGGUUGACAAUGCUUCUUCCCAGACAGACACUCUACCAGAGGACAUGGACAGCUCCAUCGAAGAUCUCAUCAGAUCAGCUCCACAUCAACCCUUCAAACCACAGGCUGACAGUGACUUCAUGCACGACUACUCAGACCGACUCUGUGAGUACCUCGACCGAGAUGAACAAAUGCCAGUCCAUGUUGAGCAUCCCAUUGAAAGGAUCAAGGAAUUAUCUCAAUUUGUACCACGCCAGGAAAAUUCCUCACCUAUAUGGGACUACGCUGGUGAUUUCUCCAGCCGCCUGUAUGAUACUGAAAUGACUGAAAGUAUAGACAUCAUUGACAGACUUUUCACAUCAAAUCAGAGCACCUUCGAAUUGGAGGAACCUAUUGCAAAAGAUGAGACUGACCAACAGCUGGCUGCACCCAAAUAUUACAUUGAGUCUGCUGUUCAGACUGGUCCCCUGCGAACCAAGGAAAGGAGCACAUCACCCCUGUUUCCUCCAACAAAGGAAGCUCAGAGCCAGUUUGAUAAAGACAUUGGCCACACAGACACCAAUGUCCAAGCUAGCCCAAUUACAGCCAGUGAAUCCAGCUACACUGCCCCAGUGUUCAGUCAAGAUGUCUCUGCACAAGUUGACUUUGACAUUGAAGAGGUUCCAACCAGUGAUGCAGCAACACAGCAUUACACACUUGGCCAGGAUAUCUCUGCUCAAGUUGAACCACUGAUGACAGAUGCUGGCAUGACUUGCAAGGUAGACAGCACACCUACUUCCACUCAAGCCAAACCUGAAACAUUGGAACAAGGGACAUCAACUCUGAAACAAUCAACACCAACUUCAGACAUGCAGACUCAGGCAAAGCCAGAUGCAGUUGCUAAAACGACCUCGCCACUGGCCAUCCGAAAGAACCAAAUGGCAGUGCAAACAAAGGUCGACCAACGUCACAUCCCAACUCAGUAUGACAGGGUGAGCUCUGCUGAUGCAGUUGUUCAGAUGAGCCCACAGUCCCUGGAGAAGGGGACAUCAACCAAGCCUGAGAACAGGGAUGUAUCAAUCUACGUCAUUCCUACCCAGCGCCAUGAGUCUACACAAUACGAGCAGAGCAUCAAAACUAUGGACUUCAUGGUACAGUAUCGUGCCCAGCAUCUUGACAUCUCAACGCAGUCUAUUGAAUUCAAAGCUACAUGUCUAGAUCGGGCCAGCUCCCCAAUUAACAUGACACCUGAAAAGAUUCUUCAGGACAUCAGCCCCAUCACAGAAUCUGCAAUCCAGCCAGUGAUGGUCCAGCAGGUUUCCGCAUCUCCAACACGGUUGCAACAUUUCAGUCGAGUUGAUGAUACAGAGCUCCGUCAAGAAAUCCGAAAUGAAAUCAGGAUGGAAGUGAUACAUGAAAUACGAGAGGAGAUACGGGAGGAGGUACGAGAAGAAGUACGAAAGAACCAGAUGGCAGUGCAAACAAAGGCUGACCAACAUUACAUUCCCACUCAGUAUGACAGGGUGAGCUCUGCUGAUAAAGUUGUUCAGAUGAGCCCACAGUCUCUUGAAAAGGGUACAUCAACCAAGCCUCAAAACAGGGAUGUAUCCAUCCAUGUCAUUCCUACCCAGCGCCAUGAGACUACACAGUACGAGCAGAGCAUCAAAACUAUGGACUUUAUGGUACAGUAUCGUGCCCAGCAUCUUGACAUCUCAACUCAAUCUAUUGAUUCCAAAGCUGCAUGUCUUGAUCGGGCAAGCUCCCCCAUCAACAUGGCACCUGAAAAGAUUCUUCAGGACACAAGCCCCAUCGCAGAAUCUCCAAUAAAGCCAGUUUUGGUCCAGCAGGUUUCAGCAUCCCCAACACGGUUGCAGCCUUUCAGUCCAAUUGAUGAUACAGAAGUCCGUCAAGAAAUCCGAAACGAAAUCAGGAUGGAAGUGAUACGUGAAAUACGAGAGGAGAUACGGGAGGAGGUGCGACAGGAGAUAUGGGAAGAGGUACGAGAGGAACUUCUGCAUGAAGUCCAACAUGAGGUAAAUUCAAGGGUUGAGAUGGAGGUACGCGAUGAACUGAGGACAGAGCUUGAGAUCACAGUUCGUGAAGAGCUCCGGGAGGAGUUCAUUGAAGAAUACAAGGAAGAAAUCCUGAUUGAGAUCAAAGAAGAAUUAAAGAUUGAGUUUGAAUCUCGAAUAAGGCUCGAAUUUGAAGAACGUACAAGAGAUGACUUGGAGUUUAAGAUCAGAAGAGAAAUUGAGCCUCGGGUACGAAGUGAUUUAGAGCCAAUAAUUCGCAGAGAGCUGGAACAAGAGUACAUCAAGGAAACAAUCCAUGAGGUAAGGACCGAGGCACCUGUGAUGUACCAGCCUUCUGAGUAUAAGGCAGAACCAGUCAAGCCACUAAUGCUGGACCGUGGAACCUCCCCAGUCAUGAAAAACCUACAUGAUGCUCCUACUCAAGUAAGCACAGUUACUAAAGAUAGAUCGUCACAGUAUGAUAAACCAAGCAAACCGGUUGAUGGCAUCACACAGACCAAGGUGUACACAGUUGAGUGUGGAACUACGCCAGACAAUGUUCGAACUUCAGAUGCCCCAGUGCAAGCCCAGCCAAGCAUGACCCAUCGUGGGACAACACCAAGUGAAAAGCCAAGUCGUGAGUCUGGAAUUCAAGUUGUGGUGCAGAAGAUGGACAAGUGCGAUCAGUACGAAGCCAAACCAAGCCAGUCAGAUGUGUCUGUCCAGUUCUCUCAUGAUCCUCAGACAGUUGGAUUUCUGUGCCAGGUACAACCAGACACUGAUGAGCAAGGUACAUCGAUGGAAGUCACGAAGAUACAUCAAACAUAUGUACAGACAGAAAAUCCCCUCAUAAGAUCUGAGAAUACACAAACUGUCACCGAUCAGAUGGAUGCAACCUGCCAGUCUGAACCUGUAUUCCACAGAGACACUACAAUGCAAGUCAAGCCUGUGACUUUUGAUAAGAGCACUUCUACUCAACCUCAAGAGACAGGUGAUUAUUCAACUCAGGUGGAACUCAUUGAACCGUAUGAAACCACUCAGAAGAUCCCUGUCAAGCAGCAAGACAGUUCAGUACAAUACGAGCGAAGCAUGGACGUGACAGACAGGAGACUCCAGGCCAAACCAGUGGUUAGAGAGCAGGCCAAUUCUCCAUUGUCAUUCCUCACAUUUGAUAUAAUCAGCCCUCAAAGGCAAGAUCCAGUCCAUGCACCAUUUUACACAGUCCAAACGAGAGAUGCACCUAAUGAGCGUGCUUACAUUACAGAAAUAAUAACAGGAGAGAAGGUUCCACCAGCAGAGCAAACACUACCAAUGUUCACCUCGCCCAAUACUUCAGCAGAACCCACAAGUUCCAAAUUCUCAUACAGCUUCAAUGAUAGACCAGGCUCCACUCAUCAAGCCAAGAGUCCUUUAGAACCACUGGUUGCAAGGUUGGACUAUGUCCCCAUGAAGUCAACAGACCUGGACGCAAUCAGACCAACUGUGUCAAGGACCUCAUACAGGAGCUCCUAUGAGUCAUCGUACGAGUCAAGUAGUCGAUUCACGAGAGAUGUCCUACAAUCCAUGCCACCAAGGUGUGGGAUGAUUCUGCUCCAAACAACUGCAGCUGGUACAACCUACACCAGUGCGUUCAGGACAUCAACACCAACGACUCGUGUUUCAGAUCCUUCCACAUCACUCUUUUCUCACACAAGCAUUCUAGAGCAAGGGAAACCUGUAGAAUCCACACCCCCAAUCACAUCUCCAAUCUUGUCAGACACUGAAUCUGACAGUUUACCAGAAAUGUCAGAGCUGGAGAAGAUUCGUCGUGACCUCCGACUUUCCAAGGUGAUUGUGACAGAUGACCAGGCUACUUUGGUUGGCUACUUUGUAAACAGGGAUGAUGAACCUCAGACACCAGACCUACCAAAUGGUUCACCAUUCAGCCCACCGGAAUAUGCUCAUCAGUCCUCCAGGUUUGAAUACUCCAGCCACUCAAAAUUUAGCCACAUUCCACAAAGCCCUCAUAGAGGUCGUCAACACUUCAUGAAUCUUGAGCAUACACCAACAGAAAGCAUUCCAAAUAUUAUAAUGGAUGAUGAAGAUUUCCCAACACCAACUGAGGAAGGUGAUUGGUUCAAGCGGGAGACCUCAGCAUACAGGCUGAAUGUUCCAUAUGACAAGAAGGGAUCACCAAGACCUGGUGCCCGCAUUGUCCAUUCUUUAUCUCCAUCACAAUCCCCAUCACAUACACCUGGUAGGAUGUCACCAGUUUUCCUGUCCUCUGAGGAUGGUCAUCCUGUUGAAUUGCUACCAAUACCACGAGGUAUGGUAACCCGUCUCUCUGAUCUUCUGUCAGAUGGGAUCCCAAGUGAUGAUGAAUCUGUACUGCCAAUGAGCAGACUGUCGGAGAUGAUCGAGAAGCAUCGUGAACUGAGCCAACCGCCAAAGUGGUCCCCGAGAAGUGACCUAUCAACAUCCACAUCCCAGGAUCCUGAGUCUGAAGUAGACACAACUGAUUCAGACACUGACACUGAAUCAUUCAGUGCUGUGAUGGAUUUCACUGAUCCAUUCCUGCACGAGAAUCCAAACUUCUGGCGAGGAGGUCCCACCGACUUCACAACCUCAUCUACCAACUCUGAUGUCAGCUCUGAUGACGACGAUGUCACUGUGUAUGGGGACUGCGAUGUCUACUCAUUUGACCUGCCCUUUUUUGCACCUUCCAAGCCAAGUAGGUCCCCACAAGAUGCAUCCUGGAUGCCUGGUGAGCCACCUCGCAAGAGGCACUCAGUCAUUAAAAUCGACCGUCAGCGAGUCAGGGAAGAGUUGAGUAUGUCUGAAGUCGUCCUCCCCGAUGGGCCCCCUCGUCUCACUGGCUACAGAAUUAACAUGGACGAUGGCAAUUGGCAACGAGACAGGUACAGCAAUCGGCUUUCAAGAUCAGAGCCAGAUCUCUACAGAUCCACCACCAGCAAUGCCACUGUCACAUCGCCGCCAUCUUACUCAACUGCAUAUCCCUACACCAAGCUGGGGAGCAGCAGAAGACACCCUGCUCCGGAACAGCUGAUGGUGGAUGCUGGAUCCAUGCCAGCUCUCUCGGCAGAGAUCAGGUAUGCCAAGCUGGUGAAGAAGCAAGAAAUCAGCCACACCCAGCAGUCCAAGUACAGCAGGCUUUCACACUCAGACCCUGACUUGGCCUCAUGGCAAGAAGAGCUCUUUGAUGUUGGGCACUUUUAGAUGGACAAAAAGAACUGAUUUGAGUAUUUAAUACUCCAAGCAGCAUGUAGUUUAUUGCUGCUAGUUUCAAAUAGGCAGUUGCCUCCAAAAAUGCGUUGCACUGUAGUUUUUUUAUAACAGCAAAAUAAUAGAGCCAUUGGCAAUGCGAUUGAUAAUCAAUCUUUAUGCACCUGAAAAAAAGUUGAGGAUCAUUGUGCCCUUGUAUAUAUUUUUAACAUGAUUUGAAAGUUGUACUUAGUAAACUAAAAAACCUUAACAAACUACCAAACUGUUUUUGUUUAGAAUUGUGUUUAAAAUGGUAAAUGAUUUCUGUUUAGGUAGUAUUGCCAUCUCAAGAACUGGCUUAAAAAGUUUAUUGAAUCACUGCAAAUGUGUAAUGUAAGUGCCCCUUUUGUAAAUUAGAAAUUACUUUAUAUAAUAAGGUUGAGUGGUUUUGCUGUAUAUAUAUUUGUACUCCAUAUGUGUAAUGAGUAACUAAAUCACAAAGUACAUAUACUUUUACAGACUUUGUUACAAAAACUGUAGAUUUAUAUCACAAAAGUAAUUCACAGGGAAAUCGUCAACAUACAUAGCCAGCUAUAUUGUAACGUUGUAUUUAAGUAUAGAUAUUUCUAUAAUAGGCAUACAAAAAUUGGUGCAAGUUUUUUUUAUAGAGAUAUCAUUGAAGUAAAGUGGCUAUAAGCAUGACUGUGUAGUUAACUUUUUCAAAUACAGUUUUAAGGUAACAAAUGUAAAUAUCUAUGCAUUGUACAUGUCAUUUGGAAGCGAUUUCAAUUAAAAACAAAAAUAGGGCUAUUCCAGCUUGCAUGCCAGAUUCACAAAACUCCACUUACAAACUAUGGUAGUGUACAAUGUACACAACCAGUGGGGCCAUAGAAUGUGAAAUUAUUACUCCGAUUUCUGUAAAAAAUAUUAUAAUGCAGGUAAAAGCACUAGCCAGAACCGAAUAUAGUGGACAUUUAAAGUGUGAUUGUAAUUAAGUAUACAUGCGAAUGAAAUAUGUAGCAUUAUCUGUUGAAGUGGCGCAGGAUAUAAAGCAAAUUAAAGUAAUUCAUAUGUCUGUGAUUCAACUGUAAAAUUUUGUUUAUGGGAAAGUUACUAGGUUGAUCUUGUAUUAUUUUUUGGAGAAAACACAGCCCAACUUGUAAUUUUCAGAUUCGUAUAUUUCAAACAAUAAGUAAUCAUUUAUAUACUGAACUGAGGAAACAUAAACUUUUGAAGGUUAUGGUGCAUUUGACAAAAAACUAUAGGCCUAAAAAAUAUAUAUUUUUGAAGUAUUGCUUUGCAGUUAGUUUUUACUUUUAUAUCUCUUCAUAAUGUAUGCAAGGUUUUUUAUUAUUUACUCGCUUAGUAACUUGUGCAAAGUAUGAGAAAGGUGCUUGAAUCUUAAUAUUUUUAGGGAACAAUCUUGAUUUUACUCUGUAAUUAAUGUUGUUAGGGACAACUAAUGACAGAUUCACUCAGCAUGUAUUUGAUGUCACAUUUAGGUAAUGCUUUGUCUUUGUUAAUGUUUUUUGUAUGUGUAACAACACUGAAUCUCUGCUUAGAUUAUUACGUCUGUUUGUACAUAAAUUCUUCCAAUAAUUAUCUGCAGCUGCCUCAUGUAUUGUUAACACUCUGACUAAACAUUGCAUCUUUCUGUAUUAAUCUCUCCUUUAUAUUCAAUGCACAUGUAUACUUCUAUAGCAUCUCAAACACAAAUUGGGCGGAUUUCUUUUGGUGUAAAGUAAGUAAGUUACAGAUUUGUUAUCAAUUAUAUGUAUAGGUGUAUUUAUUGAGUUGUAUUGGGGUAUGUAUUUAUGUGACCAGUUCUUGUAUGUAACACAAGUUGAAAAUCUUACUUGUUUGAGCACAACUUUGAAACAAGACAUGAAAAAGGGAAAGCUAAGGAAAGUCAGUCUUUUAUUCCACAAUGAAACCUGUUAAUAUUCUUUGAAUGCCUUUUGAAGGUAUCCCAAACACAUACACUCAUUUUCUAAGAUCUGGUUAAAUAUAUAAGCAAUGAACUAUUACUUUAUUUUGAAAAUGAUUAGAGUGAUCAUAUAAAUGAAAUGAUGUAAUCAAGGUAGUAAGGGGAACAAAUAAGUAUUCAGGAGAUAUGUUUUUUUUUUAAUAGAAUUUGUUUAUAAGUAUGCACAAUAGUGGUGUUUAUAAGAGUGGGUAGAAGUGAUGUCACAUGGGAUGGGUUACAAGUUGUCACUAAUUGUAUAGACCAUGUCACAUUUGUUCACAAAUAUGCGUUGUGGUCACGUGAUACCACCUUUAAACAAACUUACUGCAUCUAUAUCAAUUGAAGUAUCGGUGGUUUUUCAGUAUUGAUACUCACUGUACAAUAGGACAAAAACAGCAUGAGAAAGUUGCUGGGGUAAUUGAGAUGACUAUUUGUGCCAAGGUGACAUGGUCGAUACAGAGAGAUCAUGUGACCGCAGCCAAUUCCGAUGGCGGUGCCGAAUCAUAAAGCCUUUUUCACACUUGUCUUGCCUUCCCAUGUUGAAAUUAACAUGGGCCCACCAUAAGAGGGGGCCCACCAUAAGCGGGGGGCCACCUGCGCUGCAUACGUCGCAUACCAUUCACCUUUACACCAGAUGUACAGUCGAACACCUUUAUAACAAGGUUCUUGGGACUUUAUAAAUUACCUUGUUGUAACAGGUACCUUGUAUUAUUCAGUAAUGGAAAACAAAGCAAAACAAAGACUUGGGACCUAAAAUCUUUGCUUGUUAUAAGCAGUGUAUUGUAUUAUAAUUUGGUUGUAUUAACAGUGGUCUUCUUAUCACGGUUCGACUGUACAAGGGUUUAGAUUUUGUUUUAUAUCAACGUAGAGCCUCCCAACCAUGGUCUUGACCAGGGUUGGAUUUUACUCGAGUACAAAGCCUGACCUGUGCACAAGCCAUGUUUUGGAUUCUUACUCAUGUACAUGUACAAAGGGUUCCCAAAAUCUGUGUUGGACCCAGAACACAGAGAUUUUAGAUAGUGUGAAAGGCAUGUCUAUAAAGGUCAAUAUAAUACAUAGUCUCUCCCCAUAUAUGGCGUGAUGAACAGGGGUAAUAAUUGUAAAGCGGUUGGAUACUUUGGUAUAAAAGUGUUAUCUAUAAACAUCACGUUAUUGUUACGGGGUUCCAAACGAAGUACACGUAUACAGUGACAUCUAUAGCAAUGUGCACAUUUUUGUUUUUAAUAUAACAUUACUAGUCUGCAUUAUAUACGACUUGAAGCUUUGCAUGGCGGAUGAGAUAAAUUAAAAAAUUGUGCGUGUAGUAACACCAUUUGGAAAGAUAUCUCUUCUUGGAAGAAGUGUGGUUCUGAAAAGAACCGGUUCUUUUCAGAACCACACUUCUUCCAACAAGAAAUAUUAUUCCACAUGGUGUUACCCACAAAUUUUAUAAUUUAGUCUGCAUUACUAGUCUGCUGGCAAAGGAAAUUGCUCUUGCGGAAGAAAGCGUAGAUUUUUUAUAUUUUGUUUUUAAAUCCAACCCCCAACUAUAGACUUUGUUUUUAAAUUCAUGUACCUGGAUUUUUAAAUAAUAUGUUUCCUAGUUUUCAGUGAAGGGCUAACAAAUACAGCUUAAUCCUUUCUCACUUUUAGUUUAAGACAACUUUGUUACCUGAAGUAUAUGCAACAUUAAUUUUAAUUAUCCCAUAAAACAUGCAUAUUUAAGUCAGUGUAUUGCCGGCUAUAUUCAUUUAUUAACUAUGUAUUUGGUAUUAAUUAAUGCAGGGAAUUAAAACAAUAGCAACGUAAUAUGAGAAAUAA